UAAUGGUGUUUCAGGAAGGAGCGGUCGGAGUUUUCCAGAAAGGGACUUUAAGGACUCUCGUAGCUUUUCCACGUUUGAGGAGCAUAAUGUAUACUUUUACUAAAAGGAAGAGAUGAAGUUAAUACUUUAGCGAGGAAUGUACAUAUUAGGGGCGUUUUCAAUGUUUUCUUUCUGUGGACGUAUUUCUUCAGGUUUUGCACUUUGUGUAGUAAUUCAGCUUGUCUUUGGGUAACUACCCGGUCAUCCCACGUUGGCUAGCGCCGGCUCUUCUAGUUUUAAUAGCCAAGUUUAUUAUUACAGGUAUUUGGCAAUUAGCUGAAGUGGGAAAGCGCAAACAACGAGUGGGAAAAUAACUCUUUUGAUAUACAGAAGUGGUACAGAUUUGUAACGACAUCCAGCUUUAUAAUCAAUGAAGUUUGUUCUAUUAUUUUAAUGUAAUCAAAUACCUUUUCUUAUAUCAAACUUCGAGCAGGCAGAAUACAGAUGUCCGUUUGUAAAUAAAAUGUUAAACUCGACUUCCUUUACAGUAAAUACAUUAGAAAAUUAAAGGAACCGGGAUGAAUAUUCAGAUCAAAUAAUUGUAAUGGCAUCUCGAUUUGGCUAGUGAUGGUCUGAUAAUCUCCAUCGAAAAAGCAUAUUUCUGGCAGACAUUUUUUGGACAGCGGCGAUGACAUUUAUCCACUAGUCACUUAAAGGAGGUUGUGUGUUUACACCGUUGUCUGUAGUCCCUGAAAUUAAUAUCUACUGCUGCCCGUAAAAGGGCUAUUACUGGAAAUGGUAUUUGAGUGAUCUUUUUACAUUUGUGUAGCAACUGCCCGCCGUGGUUAUCAAAAAAUAAACUUCAUGUUUUAGGAUUUUGGAUUCCUUACUAAGCGAGUUCGAAUCUAAAGCCGCAACACAAUGGCUUCUAAAUGGUUCAAAGAGUUUCCCCUAAACCUAAAGACAGGGGCUUCAGAGCGGUCCCGUUCUGGAGGGACCGGAACUGGUACCGGGAGCAAAGUCGGUAUGAAAGGGCAAGGAAGUGGCACUUUUCGCAAAAAUUCUGCCGUAGAAACUACAAGCACUGGAUUUUUGCAACAGGGAAAGCAUCGGAAAAAUUCGGCUGUGGAGCUUGGACAGAAAAACGGUACUGUGAGAGAUAACAUCCAAGCACUGAUCCAGGGAGGCAACAAGGGCAGAAAAAACUCAAAAACCGAAUUAGCUGGACAAGACGGAAAAUCUACAAGCUCAUCUGGUGCUUUUAUCAGUCGUCUCAUCAAGGUAGAGAAACAAGAGAAAAAUGGAAAAAAUAUAAAUGGUGAGCAGGCCAGUACUGAACAGCAAGACAAAAGCAAAAAGGAAACGGUUAUCAUUUUGGAGGAUUAUGCUGAUCCAUAUGAUGCUAAGCAGACGAAGGGCCAAAGGGAUGCCGAAAGAGUUGGAGAGAAUGAUGGCUACAUGGAACCCUACGAUGCCCAACAAAUGAUUACAGAAAUCAGAAGACGAGGUUCCAAGGAUCCGCUUGGGAAAGGAAUUUUGUAUGACAUUCCCUGUGAAAUAGUUGAAAACCCUGUUAAAACAGAGACCUUAACAAAGAGGCGUGGUUCCAAAGAUCAAACUGGAAAGGUUCCACAGCUGUAUGAUACACCAUAUGAGCCCGCUGAAGUGGACAGCAAAUCAGACACCUUGGUAAGCUCUUCACAGAAGCCAUGGACAGCAGAAGGACGACUUCCACAAAAUGAUGAGAGACCAGCAGAGGAAUAUGAGCAACCUUGGGAGUGGAAGAAAGAACAGAUAGUUAAAGCGCUCUCAGUUCAGUUUGAAGCAUCAGACAGAUCUCCAUCUAAGGAUGAAAGUGUGCGGCAACAUCAUAGACAAAAGAGCUGGACCCCAAAAAUCCUGAAACAAACUGCCUCGGACCACAUUGAACUAGAAAAGAUAGACACAUCCAUCACUUUGGAAAAACAGCAUUGGUAUCAUGGAUCAAUCUCUAGAGCAGAAGCUGAAAAUUGCCUGCAGUCCUGUAAAGAAGCAAGCUAUUUAGUAAGGAAUAGUGAAUCAGGAAACAGCAAAUACUCCAUAGCUCUAAGGACAAGCCAUGGUUGUGUUCAUAUCAUUGUGGCACAAGUGAAAGACAACAAAUACACUCUGGACCAAAACAGUGCUGUGUUUGACAGCAUCCCUGAAGUAGUCCAUCAUUACUCAAAUGAGAAGCUGCCAUUCAAAGGAGCUGAGCACAUGUCAUUAUUAUAUCCUGUGUACAACAAGUUGCAUUAGCUUUUCAAGGAUCCUGUUUGAAAGAUAUAACUAGAUUAACAGCAUUAUGAAACAAACUACCAUAAUGCUACAGCGCACAAGACUACAAGGAUGAAUAGUAACAUGACUUGCAGAAGAAUUCCUGUGCUUUGUUUAUCCCAGUGCAAACACACACACACACACACACCAAUUUGUGUAGUUGUCUGAAACUAAAAUCUAGAAGCAUUCCAUUUAGGAAAACACUACAUUUUUGUUUGUGGUUUCAGGAUAACUUCAGCAGUUUUUUUUCUUUUGACUAGUAUGCUUCUAUUAUAUGUGGCGAUAUUAUUGCCAAGGGUCACAUUUAGAAACCAUUUGAAAUGUCAUGACCUGCUAGAGCAAGCCCCAAGAAGUAGAGACUGAAUGCCCGAAAGAAUAGACUUACAUAUACUAAGUCUGAGAUGUCAUUUCUUGGAAUAUUCCCUUUUCUCCAAGGUAUGGUUAUCCUGUGGUUGGUAUGUAUAAGCUCUGGUGGUGUGGGGGCUUGCCCCCCACAUGGGCUGGGGGUUGCAGGGGAGGCUUGUCCUCCCUGCAAAAAGAAGUUUUAAUGAGAAGAGUGAUUUUCACAGUUCACUGUUCUGUAUAUUUAGUCUUUUUUUGUUGUUGACUUGUUAGUACUUGGCAUUUCGAGUAGUUACAUUUCAGUAGGGAGCUGCUUUGUUUUGCAUAUAUUGAAACUUAAGAAAGCUCUGUUGAUUUAAAUAAUUAUAUUCUUUAUUGAAAUGUAUGCGUUGCUUAGUUUAUCUGAACUUUUUUUACAUCUGUUUUUGCAUUGGUUAUGCUGUCCACCAUCUGCUAUGUCACUGUGCUCCAUUUUCCAUAGCAAGGUGAAAAAAAAAAAAAGUGAAAUAUGGAUGUGGUGCUAUCAUGAGAGUAUAGGAGGCUUUUCUCCUUUAGCCUAUCUUGAGCCCUCACACAUGGCAUACAGUGAUAUUAGUGUGGUUCACGUACAUGUGCCUUCAUGUACACACCUUUUCCUGCACAUGAUCUGCUUCUCUUUCUCUCUAACUUUAGUAUGCCUAGACCAGAUGUCAGUCUUCACUGAGAGCAUUGCUAAGAUGGAACAUUUUGGAAAAAUAUAUUCAUGUUCGGUCAGAUGAUGCAUUUUUAAGCUUUUUAAUUUGAAAUUGGUUUAGAAGAUUCAGAAAGUUAACGUUGUCAGGGUCUGGUCUGUGAGCAUACUUUGUACAUGUGUGUCAUAUUAUGUAAAGCUUUUAUUCAUAUGCUCUUAAGAAGCUGUUCAGCAAAACUGCUAGACCAUUACUAGCAGACUCUAGUGCAACAUUUGCUAAUGGUUCAGUGCAAGUCUUAUAUCUUGUAUGUAUAUGUGUGGAAUAUUUUUUUUAUAAUUGUAAGAGGGGGGAAAAAAAAUAUAUAUAUAUAUAUAUAUAUAUAC